AUGAGCCAUGCAAAUUGUCUUGCCACAAUCCCUGCUGGCCUGGCUGCUAGGGACGACAGCAAUACAUACGCCUUAUAUCAGUACACUCCUUCGCUUAUCGCAGCAUGCAUAUCGGCAGCAGCCUUUGCGGUAGCGACCUUACUGCAUACCACGAAGUCAUCACGCCUACGGCUCAAGAUCCUCAUUCCUUUCGUAUUCGGGUUGGCAUUUGAGACCAUAGGGUACGGCGGUCGGAUCUGGCCACACUUCGACAGACAAAGCAUCCCAGCAUAUAUCAUCCAGUCGCUCCUGAUACUUGUCGCGCCGGCGCUAUUUGCUGCGUCCAUUUAUAUGACUCUGGGGCGAAUCAUCACGUUUAUCGACGGUGAAAGAGAAUCGCUCAUUCCGCCGCGUUGGCUCACCAAACUAUUCGUUAUUGGGGACUGCGUCUCCUUCUUUGUUCAACUUCGUGGCGGAGGAAUCCAAGCUGCAGGUACUCUAUCACUACUACACCUGGGAGAAAAGAUCAUUGUCAUAGGUUUGUUCAUCCAAAUCUUCAUGUUUGGCUUUUUCGUCGUCGUUGCGAUAGCCUUUGAGGUGAGAUACCGGAGAUCGAGGAAAUCAUCAAGCUCCCACAUCCAUUGGCAGAAGGGAAUGCGCGUCUUGUACCUCAUCAGUGCCAUCAUUCUAGUUCGCAGCGUUUUCAGGGUCGUCGAAUAUCUUAUGGGCAACAAUGGUUACAUCCUGCAACACGAGUUUAUGCUAUAUAUUUUCGAUACAGUUCUAAUGUUCUUGGUGGGGGUCAUCUUUUAUUUUGCAAGUCCUGGAAAGGUUCUGAUGCCGCAAAAUUCCGAGACAACUACGAGGCGCUAUAUGAAUACCCCAAGGCAACGAACCAAGAAGUGCCAAAUUUAA